CAGUCGUUGUUUGUUCAUCGAUCGCUACAACCAAAGCCACACUUCCUCAGGGCCUGCUCAUACGCAACGCCAGUAGUCUGUGUGUGUGUACGUGUGUGCAUAUUUCUUGUGACUUCCCAUUGACCCGAAAGACCUGCAGGACUUCUCACAUCAUCUGUGAUUUAGACGAACGAAUAAGUCCCAUUCUGAAACCACGUGGUGGGUCGGUGUUUGUUUCCGCAUUUUCGUAGACCCUAGGCAACUGCUGGUCUUUUUGUCGUUGUGAUUCUUAUUCUACAGUGAUAGAGACUGUUUAACUGAUACGUCCUCCCAUCCAUCGCACGUCCUGUGUGCCCAAGAACUGAAUGGUGAAAGAGCCUCAUAGUAAUAGCAGUGUGAAUUAUUUCCACAUAUUCAGUUCGUUCUGUUUGGCGUCCACGUUGUUCGACAUUUGUGAAGAUUGCUGCAAAAUGGCUUGUCUUCCACAGUCAGCGUUCGCAGUGCACAAGAUCCGACAGGCGCAGAACGACAAGGAUCUCACCGUUGCUCGUAUGACGGGUGAUAAGCAAGGUCCGAGAUAUUUAAACAAGAACACUCUCGACCUGACACCGGUCAAGUACAAUGGGAAGUUGAUGAACAGCAUCUGGGGCUUGUACAAUCGCUACUCGCCGCAUAACUUCAAGAAAAACAAUGGAUCUUACGGUGGUUUCUUUGGCAUGCAACAGCCAUUUGCUGUUGCAUGCUCUCCGAUGGAGAAAGAACUACCGGUAACCAAUCCAGCCGACCAGAAUUAGAUUGGAGUAUAAUAUCUAGGCGAGAUGUACCGUUUCUAGAACAAAAAAAUAUAGUGUGUAGAAUUCUGAUUGUGAUUUAUUGGAAUAAUAAACGGUUUAUUCUGUAACUUUAA